AUGAUGAGGUUUUCUCAUGGCCCAGAAUAUGGAAUCGGCACCGAGGAUAUUUCUUACACAGAAGUUCAAGUUCACAGUCUCCAACCUGGCACCCAAGUGUCCCUCAUCUCUUCCAUUGAUGCAGAUAUAUGUUCUACCAAUCCUAAUCUAAUUCUGAGAGUCCAACAGAUUAUUUCGGUUGAUCGUCAUAAGCGAUACUUACUGUAUCGAUGCCCACCUACACGACGAUCUAUCAAAAGAUCUAUGAUCCCUCCGCACAACAUCACUAUCUGCGAACACCAGGAUGACAGUGAUAUUGAUGACUGGUUCAAUCAAGUUGUGAAGGCCCAUCGUGCCGGAGAAAAAAAGCCGUCAGUCUCUUUUGGUUGUGGCCACUGUGAUACCGAAGCUCUUGUUGAAAUCCUUGAAUUCGAACAUCAACUGGCUCUGGUGAUGACAAAGUGGAUAGGCCUAGGUGCUGGUUUGACACCAGAAGAUCCUCAAUGGCGGAAACACUGUGAUUGGAAAUCUUCAACCAUGAGGUGCACAAAAGGAGAGUACGCCGGGGAUUCAGCGAAAGCAAGCGCUCGGGCCUGUUUCGAACGUGCAUCGACAGAAAGCUUACGGUCUCGCAACAUCGCUUUCCUCAAAGAUCAGCAUUUCAAAAAAUGCAUGACCCAAAACACCUUUUUAUCUUUUGGGCAUUAUGCACCUGAUACUUGGUCUCUACGGAACAAAUAUCCCAGAGUUAUAAGAUCGGUCGGCCGCAUACCAGAUUCAUCCUCUUUCUGUACUUACUGUCUUGAUAAAUAA